AGCGGCGGCCGCCAUUUUGUGCAGGCGCUGGGAAGGGAGGAGACGCUUAAACUGCGGCACUGCCGGGUUUGAGGGUAGCCAAACCUACCCACCGUUUUUAUAACCCCAAUUCUCUGUGUUUUGCUCCCGUCUCCGACGAGAGAGGCGGCGACGGUGGCGUCUGCGACGGGAGAUAGCGCGUCGGAGCGAGAGAGCGCCGCGCCUGCCGCCGCCCCAACAGCGGAGGCGCCGCCGCCAUCGGUCGUCACCAGACCGGAGCCUCAGGCCCUCCCGAGCCCGGCCAUCCGUGCCCCGCUCCCAGAUCUCUAUCCAUUUGGGACCAUGCGCGGAGGCGGCUUUGGGGACCGGGACCGGGAUCGUGACCGUGGAGGAUUUGGAGCAAGAGGUGGUAGUGGUCUUCCCCCGAAGAAAUUUGGUAAUCCUGGGGAGCGUUUACGUAAAAAGAAGUGGGAUUUGAGUGAGCUCCCCAAAUUUGAGAAGAAUUUUUAUGUGGAACAUCCAGAAGUGGCGAGGCUGACUCCGUAUGAGGUUGAUGAACUACGCAGAAAGAAGGAGAUUACAGUGAGAGGGGGAGAUGUUUGUCCUAAACCUGUGUUUGCUUUCCAUCAUGCUAACUUCCCACAAUAUGUAAUGGAUGUGUUGAUGGAUCAGCACUUUACAGAACCAACUCCGAUUCAGUGCCAGGGGUUUCCUUUGGCUCUUAGUGGCCGGGAUAUGGUGGGCAUUGCUCAGACUGGCUCGGGGAAGACAUUGGCAUAUUUGCUGCCUGCAAUUGUUCAUAUUAACCAUCAGCCAUACUUGGAAAGGGGAGAUGGCCCAAUCUGUCUGGUUCUGGCUCCUACCAGAGAGCUUGCCCAGCAAGUACAACAGGUGGCUGAUGACUAUGGCAAAUGUUCUAGAUUGAAGAGUACUUGCAUUUAUGGAGGUGCUCCUAAAGGUCCCCAGAUUCGAGACUUGGAGAGAGGUGUUGAGAUUUGCAUAGCCACUCCCGGACGCCUGAUAGAUUUCCUGGAGUCAGGAAAGACAAAUCUUCGCCGAUGUACUUACCUUGUAUUGGAUGAGGCAGACAGAAUGCUUGAUAUGGGCUUUGAACCCCAAAUCCGUAAAAUUGUUGACCAAAUCAGGCCUGAUAGACAGACCUUGAUGUGGAGUGCAACCUGGCCAAAAGAAGUAAGACAGCUUGCUGAGGAUUUUCUUCGUGAUUACACUCAGAUCAAUGUGGGCAAUCUGGAGCUGAGUGCCAACCACAACAUCCUCCAGAUUGUGGAUGUCUGCAUGGAAAGUGAAAAAGACCACAAAUUGAUCCAACUCAUGGAGGAAAUAAUGGCCGAAAAGGAAAAUAAGACAAUUAUAUUUGUGGAGACCAAGAGACGCUGUGAUGACCUCACUCGAAGAAUGCGCAGAGAUGGUUGGCCAGCUAUGUGUAUCCAUGGAGACAAGAGUCAACCAGAAAGAGAUUGGGUACUCAAUGAGUUCCGUUCUGGAAAGGCUCCCAUCCUCAUUGCCACAGAUGUAGCCUCCCGAGGGCUAGAUGUGGAAGAUGUCAAGUUUGUGAUCAACUAUGACUAUCCAAACAGCUCGGAAGAUUAUGUGCACCGCAUUGGCCGAACGGCCCGUAGCACCAACAAGGGCACCGCCUAUACCUUCUUCACCCCAGGGAACCUAAAGCAGGCCAGAGAGCUGAUCAAGGUGCUGGAAGAGGCAAAUCAGGCUAUCAAUCCCAAACUGAUGCAACUGGUGGACCACAGAGGAGGAGGCGGAGGAGGGGGUAAGGGAGGUCGUUCUCGAUACCGGACCACUUCUUCAGCCAACAAUCCCAAUCUGAUGUAUCAAGAUGAGUGUGACCGGAGGCUUCGAGGAGUCAAGGAUGGUAGCCGGAGAGACUCUGCAAGCUAUCGGGAUCGGAGUGAGACCGAUAGAGCUGGUUAUGCGAAUGGCAGUAGCUAUGGAAGUCCAAAUUCCGCCUUUGGAGCACAAGCAGGCCAAUAUACCUAUGGUCAAGGCACCUAUGGGGCAGCUGCUUAUGGCACCAGUGGCUAUACAGCCCAAGAAUAUGGUGCUGGCACUUACGGGGCUAGCACCACCACCACAACUGGGAGAAGUUCACAGAGCUCUAGCCAGCAGUUUAGUGGGAUAGGCCGUUCUGGGCAGCAGCCACAGCCACUGAUGUCACAACAGUUUGCACAGCCUCCAGGAGCUACCAAUAUGAUAGGUUACAUGGGGCAGACUGCCUACCAGUAUCCCCCUCCUCCUCCUCCCCCUCCUCCUUCACGUAAAUGAAACCAUCGAUUGGUAGUGACUUGUGCAGACUUACUACAUUUAAAGGAAUGCUGUCCUUUUUUUUCCCCCUCCUCUCCCCCUUUUCUUUUUUAUUUUUCCCCAACCAUUGUGAUUGUCGUUCAUGCAGAUUAGUUAGAAUUCACUGCCAGGUUUCUUCUGUCUGCCAAAAUGAUCCAGUCUGUAAUAACAGAUUUUGUAAAAGAAAUAUACACACACACACACAUAUAUAUAUAUAUAUAUCUGACUGGAAGAGAUUUUUCCCAGCUUCUUGCAUGUUGAGGAUAUUUGAGCUGAUAUUUUUCAUCUUAAAAGAAAAAAUAAGGUAUUAGGCCCUUUUGUGGGAGCCCAUUUUUUGUUGUCCUGAGUUUGGGGGCAGGGUGGGAGGGGGGUUGGAGGGCUGAAUUGGUCUGCAGAAGAAGGUGGCAUCUGUGCUUUUAAUUGCUUUCGUUGCUGGGUUAGAAAACCAAGAGGGAUUUCCCUGCACACAUUUUCCAUAAUGCUGUAUGCUUCUCAAAUUGGAAAAGGGUUCCUCAGGCCUGAUGAUUUUUUUUUUAAGAUGGUGCUUUUGUCAUUGUCACUUUGGCUGAUUGCUUAUUAAGUACAUUUGGCAAUUUAAAAAAAUUCCCAGUUGGUUUGUCUCCCUUUACUCCUCCCCCCACCCCAAUUUACUGAAAAAUAACCAUUUUAGUGUCAGGUUAGAAAUUGAAUUGCUGAGUCUGAGUUUUUUAAGUUAUGUUUUAAAUUAAAAACCACAAGUGUUUAUUGCAUUGGUUAAACUAGCAUCUCAACAUCUGGGUGGAAGCUACCUAUUUUUCUAACCCUGUAUAUAACCAGGGACCAUCUGUGAAGUUCAUUUUUCAGCCAGACAGCUGCUGUGAGCAGAAUGAACAUAAAUGCUCACUGGAAGUUUGCUUUAUUAACCACUUGUCCAUGCAUUCAUCUGCAGUGUAAAAAGCACCUUUAAUUAUAAACAAUAUACUCAAAAUGGGCAAAUUUUAUUUUUUAAUGUCAGUAUUUGUAGCGCUAGAAUGAAAGCAAGGCUUUAUCAGCUACUCAGCCGUUUUGGCCAGUUAUCUUGAACAAGGAAUCUUCAGGGUUCGUUAAGAGCUUUUCUUUUCUUCACGCCCUGUUCUCUGCAGUGCUUUGUAACAGCUUCUGGAUGCAAAAUUUCCUCGGCAUCCUUUUGCACUCAGCUUUUUACAGGUAGGUAGUGCUUCAGAAAGGUUACAGAGGACUAAAGCUUAAGUCCUUUCACUUUUCCUCCAUCUGAAGGUAGGUGAGUGUGUCCCCUUCAUAGUAAUACUAUUACACUGGGCCAGUAUUUUCUGCUCUUGUGUUCACUGUAACAGGACAGGGAGAUCAGACAGCCCCAGAAACCUUCCAAAUCCAGUGUGGAACUUUUUUUUUCUUCCUUUUUUCAGUGUUAAAGGGGGAAGCCUCCACUGCAUUCUUUGGCUGAGGCCUCAGAGUGCCAAUUUGUAAGACCAAAUUAUCUAAAUACUUGAGUGUGUGUGGAUCCCCCCCCACCUUUUUUUAAAUUCUUCAGGGAGAGAGAAGGGAUGGUUUCUGAGGGGUUUUGAAAGUAUGGUUGAAAUGUUCCACGUACAGGUAGGUUGUCAAUAUAAAGCUGUAAUUAUAUGCAUGUAAGAGCUUUGACACCCUCCCCCCACCCCUUUUUUCUUCUCUUUUUUUCCCUCAUCUUGUAGAAGUUGAGGCUGGGAGGAUGGUAGGCACAGGAAAAAUGUGGCAAAACUGCUCUGUGCUUUCAAACCAAAGCGUCAGACCCCCUACAUCACCCCAAGAUUAUUUUUGGUCUAAGCACUGACCAGUCCGUUAUGGACAUUACUCUCUACAGCCAAAUUCUGAUUCUUUUUCUCCACCUUUAGAUCCCACCAGGCACACAGAGGUGCCAUCGGGGGCAUGCUACCCUCUUGGAGCUCUUAGAAAGCAUCCUUUCGUGGGGGAAGGUCUCUGGGCAAGCAAGUGGUAUUUGGUCUGCUGCUCGCUUCCCUUUUUCCACUAGGGACAUUGUAAUCAUAAAAUCAGAACAACUGCGAAUUCAAAUUUCAAAAGCUGUUUUGUGGCCUGAGCACAAUGGAAAUCUCGCAGUUUUUCCUAUUUAUAGCUCUAGAGUAACUCUUCUGCCUCCGUAUCUGUCGCUUAUAGUUCAGGUUCUGCUGCUGCUGCAGAACAUAAGCAGAAGAAACCUCGUUUGAUGAUAGUUACUGCAUUCAUGAGUUGAUAGGGUUUCAAUAUUGAGCUAUAAACUGCUUGUCCCCACUUCCUGCCUAACAAUUCCUUGUGUGGACUUCUCUCAUCUAAAAGGUUGGUGGCUUUGCUUGGGAUCAGUGCUCUCUUUUCAUGUCCUUGCUGGUCUCUGAACACAUUCCUGUUGUGUUAAGACUUGAAUUGGAAGAUUUGUAGAUGUGAUAUUCAGGCACAGGAGGCUAAGAGCUGUGUUACUAUUCUUAGUUUGUAAAUUGUCCUUUUGAUACCAUCUUGUUUUCUUUUGUAGGUAUAAAUAAAAACACUGUUGACAAUAAA